AUGAAGCUGAUCAUUGCCUUCUCGUUCUAUUUCUUGGCCAACUCAAUUGUCGCUCAACAAUGCUCCACUGGACAAAUUGCUUACUAUUCAUCGUGUCUUCUAUUCAUUAAAACCCCAUUGGAAUUCAAUACUGCCAAUUCCAUUUGUACCGGUUUCUCUGGAAGUCUUGUUUCGAUUCAUAAUGCGAUCGAUAAUCGAAACGUGACAAGUUACGUACAACACUAUACUAAUGGAGCAUUUUGGGUUGGAGCAAAAACAAUUUCACAAGAUGUUACUAAUCCAACAAAUUGGUAUUGGACUGAUGGAACUAAAUUCAAUUAUCAAAAUUAUCAAUCUUUCCAACCGAUCUCCCAAGGUUCAACAUCUUGUAUGCAAGUUUUACCAGGAACUGGGAAAUGGUCGACUGCAGCGUGUAGCGGAACAGUUUUGCCAUUCAUAUGUGAACUUCCCUCACUAAUUGCACAAACUUGUCCAAGUCAUUGUCCAUCGGGUUAUACCUGGUUUGCAGAAACUGAUUUUUGUUAUAAGGUUGGCUCUGAAAAAUUCUGAAAAUUAUGAUAAUUUUCAGAACUUUGUCCAACAAUCAAACUUCAAUGAUGCUCGCAGCGUUUGUCAAGCUGAUGGGGGAGAACUUACCUCAAUUCAUUCACAAAAUGAAAAUGAUUUUCUAGUCCGUAAGUCAAUUUUUUCAUUUUUUUAGAAUGCAUGCUCAUACAUUUUCUUCAAGAACUCUCAAAAACUGGGCUCAUCGUAUCAGAUGACGGCUGGGUUGAUCAAGUUUGGAUCGGAUUCAUUUUUGUGAAUCAAAAAUGGCAAUGGACUGAUGGAACUAAUACAACUUACGUUAACUGGGGAGAUGGCGAACCAAACAAAAUGCAAACCGAAUGGUGGGCUGUGGUAAGUUAGAUGAAUUUUUUUUCUGAAAUGACUAAAAAACUUUUUUGUUCUAGUUGAAUGCUGAUGCUCAUCAAGGAAGUAAUACAGAAGCAUCAAAAUGGAAUAAUGUUGGACAAAUUGAUGAAAGAGCUUUUGUCUGUAAACGCGCGGCUCUUCAUUAA